AGUAUAUACUGACGAAGGCGGAUGGACGCCGUCAGACAGCUCCCUGGUGCCGGGUGGGUCAUACAAGCAGCAGCAACAUGAACGCUCUUAAACUCGUGUGUGCCUUCGCGGCCGUGGCUGUGUGCAGCGCUGGGGUCACCCACUCCUCCGUCCUGAGCCCUCACGUGGCACUCCCCCACUCCCUCCCCCAUGACCCCGUGGGCGUCCAGCAGGUGCCCGUUGCCGCUGUGGGCCACCACGCGCCCUUGGUCACCGUCAAGCACCACGGCUCUCCUCUGCUUCAUGUUGCUCCUUCUGUGCACAAGACCUCUGUAGUUCACCACGCCGCUCCUGUGGCUCUGCCCCACUCCGCCUACGGUGCUGUGUCCCAUUCUGUCCCCGCGGUUGCAUCCCAUGGCGUUGUGGGUGUGUCUCACUCUGCUCCCGUGGCUGUGUCCCACGCUGCCCAUGGUGUAGCUCAUGGUGCUGUGGCUGUGACUAGUCCAGUGGGUGUUGCCCACGCUGCCCCAGUGGCUGUGGCUCACUCCGCCCCCGUGACCGUGUCCUACGCUGCCCCCGUGGCCGUCUCUCACCCCGCCCCCCUGGCCGUUGAGACGCCCGUCAAGUCCCAGUACCACGCGCAGGACGAGCUCGGACAGUACUCCUUCGGCUACAACGCCGGCGACUCCGCCCGCCAGGAGAGCCGCGACGCCUACGGCAACGUGCGCGGCUCCUUCAGCUACGUCGACUCCUACGGCAACGUCCAGUCGCAGCACUACGUCGCCGAUGACUACGGCUUCCGCGUGGCGGGCACCAACCUCCCCCGGCACAAGCGCUCCUACGGCACCUUCCCCGCCUCCACCGGUCCCCUGGCCACCGUGGCCCACGUGGCCCCUGUGGUCCACGCCGCCCCUGCCGUGGCUUCCGUGGCUCAUGUAGCUCAUGCCGCCCAUGCCGUAGCCCCUGUCGCUGCCAUCUCCCAUGCCGUGGCUCCUGCAGCUCACGUGGCCCACGCCGUGGCUCCCGUGGCCCACUCCGGCGUCUACGGCUACUCCUCCCCCCUCAGAGGCUACUCCUACGGCUACCGCACCGGCCCCUCCGUCAGCACCUACAGGAGCUACACCCCUGUACUGAGCCACGCCGGCGUCUACUGAGGCGAAAGCAACGCGCCCUUUGGAGGCUCUAGUCUCUAGGCGGCCGCGUCGGGCUUGUUCGUGUGUAAUCAGAGGCCUAUUUUUUGUAGCAAGUUCUCAAUAAAAAUUAUAUCAAUUUUA